CCGCGAGGACUCACCUUUAUAAGAGACAGUAGAGCAUCAGCAUUGAGAACAGCAUUUCGCAGACGCCCGCAUCUUCAACGCACAGGGAUUUACCACCAUCUCACAAGCAAGAAAAAAUCCACCCAGGAAAUGGACAGCAGACUGAUUUAUGCCGUUGCCUUGGUGAUAGGAUGUUGGGUGCUGGCAGCCAAAGGCCUCAUGAUCAACUCCACCCACCCAGUGGGAGCUCUUACCGCCCCCAUCGGUCGUGCCGGCUGUGGCCAGACGAAGACUUGCUUGGAGACCCCAGCGGACUGUGACCCCGAAGGCAACAGUCCCUGCCUGUUUGUCUCUGGCUCCAGGACCAACGGGCCCGGCUUCACUCCCGAAAUUGCCAUCGAGCUGCGUGGAGACUCUGAAAACUACAUUGUCAUGAUUGCGUCCUCCGAUAACACUGAGGGAGGGGGAGAUGUGGCCUUUGUCUGCGCACAGUACAAUAACACACAGCACUUCUUCGCCACGACCUUUGACAAUGGAUCACUGACCCUCAACAAUAAUAUAAUGGUCAGUAAUGUCCUGGCCUCAUUCAAUGAAAAUGUGAUCCGAUGCACCUUCACUGUCCCGGGAUUGAAUGCCGCCCAAUACAUUUUCGCCGGCAAUGGGAACUUCAGCAAUGGACUCCUGGGGGAUCCUGAAAUUACCCUUAGGAGCAACGGCAGUGUGGACCCGAUCAGCACCAAUAUGCCUUCUCCAUCGCAGAACAUGAAUACCAUCCCUGUGGGAGCUCUCAAUGCAGCCAUAAGUCGUGAUACAUGUGGCCAAACGAAGCUUUGCGAGGAGGUUCCAGCGGACUGUGACCCCAGCGGAAAUGGUAACUGCCUGUUUGUCUCCGCCGCCACUGCCACCACCACCAGACCCUCCGGCAUCAAUAUUGCCUUCGAGCUACGUGGAAACACCAGCGGCUACGUUGUCCUCAUUCUGUCCCCCGACAUGAAUCAGGGAGGAGGUGAUGAAUCCUUUGUCUGCGCACAGUUCAAUAAUACCCUCAGGUUCUUCACUGCCUCCUUCGACAAUGGAGCACUGACCAUGACCAACAGGAUGGGAGCUGUCAGUAAUGCCCUGGCUUCACUCAAUGGAACUGUCAUCCGAUGCACCUUCACUGCACUGGGGCUGAAUGCCACAGCCAGACGAUCCCCUGACUCCUCCUUCUACGUCUUUGCUGGCACAGGGGAAUACGAUGGUGUAAGCCUUGGGGAUCCUGUAAUUAGUCUUGCGAGCAACAGCAGUCUGGACCUCACCAACAGCACCAGCAACCUGCCAGGGUGCAAUGGCGGAGCUGGCCUGCACCCCACAUCUCUGGUUUUGUUGGUCCUGCUCAGUGCCUUGAUCUCUCGUCUGGUUUGAGGAGCUGAAUGACGGGCGCCCCCCCACCCCCCCCCACCCCCCCAACCCCCCACCAUCACACUCACUUGAAUGAGUCAAUCAGCACUGUGCCAAAUGGAACCCCAAGUUCUGAUGUUAUAUAUACCUUUUCAUUUACCUCUUUUGCUGAGUAUUUUUGAGUGUGUAUGUAAAGUGUAAAGUAGGCCGAUGUGUUUGUGUGCGUGUUUGUUACAAAUGAAGCCGACCGGUGGAAGUGUGGCAAGCUGUCAUGGUUCUGUGUGCAGACCAGAAUGCUGCAUAAUAGGCUGGCAUACUGCUCUAAUUAAACAUGUAUCAUCACCCUUAUAUCAUUAUAAUAAACAAUGUAUUUUUGUAUUACUUAA